GCAACAGUCUUUAGGCAUUGGAUUCCAGUUGAGCAUCCAAUCCGGAGCAGUUGUAGUAGCAGGAGUUGUCAUCGCAGUUGUAGUUGCAGCAUCUUCAACAUGAAACUCGCCAUCGUUUUGUUGGCCUGUGUGAGCCUGGUCGCCGCGGCCAAUUUCCACAAGGCGCACGAGGUCAAGAUCGCCGAUAAGGACUUUUUGUACAAGCAAAAGUUCCUGUUCGAGAUUGUGUACAGAGUUGAGGAUCCCCUGAUGUUCGAGGAGCACAUUGCCGAGGGCAAGACAUUCCACUUCGAAGAGUCCUACUACACCCACUAUGACAUCUACAUGAAGAAGUUCUUCGAGGCUUACAAGAUGCACUCGCUGCUGCCCAAGGGUGAAUUCUUUGGUCAGCUGGUCAAGUCGCAUGCCAAGCAGGCUCGCGGUCUCUUCAACUUCUUCUACUACGCCAAGGACUUCGAGACCUUCAAGCACAACGUUGCCUGGGCUCGCAUGCACGUCAACGAGGGCAUGUUCGUCUAUGCUCUGACUCUGGCUGUCAUCCACCGCGAGGACUUCCACGGCCUGAUGCUGCCCGCCAUCUACGAAAUCUUCCCACAGUUCUUCUUCAACAGCAAGUUUGUCUAUGAGGCCGAGAAAUUCGACUACGAGAUGUGGACCAAGAUGAACAUGUACGAGAAGGAGUACAUGGAUGUCUUCUUCAAGGGACACCACUACGACAACAUGUACCACAGCGAUGACUACAUGUACAUGAAGGACUGGAAGAUGUGGCAGUGGUGGAAACUUAUGGGUCUCGGCGAGCACUGGUACGGCGAGCACAAGUUCAUUCUGCGCGAGAACAUCUACGAAUUCAACCAGGACACCAAAUGGCACCAGAUCAUGAAGGACCUUAAGGUUUGGUGGAUGCCCGUCGACUACACUCGUGACCUCGAUAUCUACAACGAGGAGUCCAAACUGUCCUACUUCACCGAGGAUUUGGGCUGGAACGCAUACUGGUACUACCUGAACAUGGACUACGCCUUUUUCCUGGAUGGCAACACCUUCGGCCUGAAGAACGAUCGUCGCGGCGAACUCUGGUUGUACACUGUUCACCAGCUGCUCUCUCGCUACUACAUGGAGCGUCUGUCGCACGGCUAUGGCAUGAUUCCUGAGUUCAGCUGGUACCACCAGAUCGAGAUGGGCUACGAUCCUCAGUUGAUCUACUACAACGGCAUUGGCUACAGCUACCGCAAGAACUACUACGAACUGGAGACCUACGGCAACUUCGAGAUGCUCCACAAGAUCACCGGCUUCAUGAAGCGCAUCCACAACAUUGUCGACAUGGGCUACUACAAGACCGCCGAUGGUCACAUGAUCGAUCUCCGCAAACCCGAGUCCGUUGAGUUCAUUGGCAACAUGAUGCAGGGUAACAUUGAUGCCAUGGACAAGAUGUUCUACCAAUUCUGGUACAUGUUCGCUCACAUGUACUUCGCCGACGCCGACUUCCACCAGAUGGAAGUGUACCCCAACGUGAUGCUCAACUUCGAGACUAUGAUGCGCGAUCCUAUGUACUACAUGUUCUACAAGUCGAUCGUCCAGGUCUACUUCAAGUUCAUGCACUACCUGCCCAAGUACACCAAGGAGGAACUGAUGAUGCCCGGCGUUGCCCUCAAGCAUGUGGAAGUCAGCGACUUGGUCACCUACUUCGAUCUGGUUGACUUUGAUGCCACCAAUCUGCUCAACGACAAGAUGGUCUUCCACGAGGGCAAAUUCGUCUGGGACAAGUCUCUGUACGCUCGCCAGAUGCGCCUCAACCACAAGCCAUUCUCUUACACCUACACCGUGGAAUCCGACAAGGCCGAGAAGGUUGUUGUGCGCGCCUUCAUUGGACCCAAGUUCGAUGAGUUCGGUCGCGUCAUGUCUCUGCACGAGAACCGCAUGAACUUCAUGGAAGUGGAUGAGUUCUACUUCGAAUUGAAGGCCGGCAGCAAUGUGUUCACCCGCAAAUCCAACGACUUCUACUGGACCGUCAAGGAUCGCACCAGCUACAGCGAACUGUACUACUACGUCAUGAUGGCCUUCGAUGGCAAAUACGAUUUCCCUCUGGACAUGAGCGAGGCCCACUGCGGCUUCCCCGAUCGCCUAGUCUUGCCCAUGGGCUGGAAGAAGGGUAUGCCCAUGCAGAUGUUCUUCAUGGUGAUGCCAUAUGUUGCUCCUGCCACUCACGAGCAGUUCUCCACCUUUGACUAUACCUACUCUUGCGGCAUUGGCUCCGGCGCCCGCUACAUCGAUGAUAUGCCAUUCGGCUAUCCCUUCGACCGCGAGAUCGAUGAGUACGAAUUCUACGUGCCCAACAUGUACUUCAAGGAUGUUGAGAUCUACCACAUUGACACCAUGGAGCCCUACUACAACUACAAGGGAUACUCCAACUACGGCCACUUUGACUACACCUUCUUCCAUGAUUACUACACCAAGUACUUCAAGAUGUAAGGCGGCCAUGCGAACUCCAUUGAUGAUGUGAACGUGUUAUAGUUAGCUUAUAAGUUGAGCAAAAAGUGAAAUAAACUUUCGAAAAGCAUAAUAGAA